AUGUCGGCUCAACUCAAUAAAAAUCAAGAAUUUUUAGCCAAUUGCAUGUGGCAAAGAAAUUUAUCUACUGUUCGAGAUAUUACCAUCAAUUUGGAAAAUAUUUUUGAUAAUUCAUUUAAAUUAUUAGCUGAUCUUUUAAAUAAUUAUAAACUAGUCAAUGAUACAGAUCCAGUUGGACUUCUUUUGUCAUUAUUUACUUGUAUUGGUCAUUUUUGUGAUCAAUCUACCGUUAAUAUUAGAAACCACAUUACCAACUUAAAUAUUUUUCUUUUAUUGAUUGGACCAUCAGGUUGUGGAAAGUCAAAGAUUAUUUCACCCAUCAAAAAGGCAGUUAUUGAAACGAUUAAAUCUCUUGGUAUUUCCAAAGAUGAAGCAGGCGUCAUUGAUGAAUUUACAACUGCUUCAUUAUCAGCUAAACUGGCUAAAUCAAAUGCUUUUAUUAUUACUGAUGAAGCAGAAAAACCAUUAUUAUCAUUGGGUUUUUAUUCUCCGCUAUCAGAAGGAAGUGCUAGUGACAGAAUAUCUGGAUGCAAAUUUUUUGGCACAAUACCAACAACUAAAGAUACGAUGACAUAUCAUUUAGAAAUUGCAUCUCAUUAUCAUUUGUUGGCGCAACUACUGGUCGUUUAUGGUAUCGAUUAA